AGAACCUUAAACCGCCCACAAGAUGGCUACUGCAGCUCAGGAGAGAGAAAAGGCUGCAGUAGUGGAAGGAGAGUACAGCCAGUGACAAGAGGUUUGAAUGAGUUGGGAAUCUAACCAGUUUUGGCUUAAAUGGAUGAGCGGAAAAUGAAAAGGAGGAGUCCAAAGUCCUCUACAAGCCACCCUCCGCCACUUACAAAUACGAAGAAAAAUUCUGUGCCACUUAGUAAAAGUACUGGCUUUACAAAUGUUGUCUCACAGCCAGCUGGGCAAAAACCAAAGCUAAAAAGAGUUAUCAAGGAGAAAUCAAAGUCGCAAAGUGAAAGCAAAGGAGCUUCUACAGCAGCCAAUCAGCACUCUUUCCUUACGGACGUGUCUGAUGUUCAGGAGAUGGAGAAGGGUCUCCUUAGUCUGCUUAAUGACUUCCACUCGGGAAAGCUUCAAGCUUUUGGGAAUGAGUGUUCUAUUGAGCAGAUGGAACAUGUCCGUGCAAUGCAGGAAAAACUUGCCCGCUUACACUUAGAGCUCUAUGGGGAGCUGGAGGAACUUCCAGAAGACAAACGGAAGCUAGCCAGUGAUUCUAACCUUGACAGAUUGCUAUCUGAUUUGGAAGAACUUAAUACUUCAAUACAAAAACUGCACCUUGCAGAUGCCCAGGAUAUUCCAAAAACAACAGACAACUGAAGAAAUGAGUUUCUGGCGAAGACAUCUGUUAAAUGUGUGCAACUAAUGUUUUGAUCAAGGUGUUAAAUUCGAAAGUGUUUUCUGACUGUAUCAGUUUGAGGUAUCUGUAUAUCAUGUUGUAAAAUAUUUGUUUCAUACAUUUGGAACUGGGCAUUUUUAAUACCAGACUAACGCCAUUAAAGUUUGGGAUGUGAAAUGUAAUACAAUGCAAAAGUCCAAAAAAGUGGAUUGCACAGUAAAUUAAAUGUGAAUUUUAGGAGUUACCUCAUAAUUUGAUCAUUCUCAAAUCCAGACCAAGGGCCUUUACUACAAAAGGUUACAAUAUCUCAUUCCUUUGCUUAAAUUAUUUUUGUGGUGAAUAAAAAAAAACGCUUGACUGACUUGCUGACUUUUCAGUUCCCUGUAUAUACAAAUAUUUCCAUUUUUUUAAAAUAACGUGUUAUCUAUAUGUUAACUCAGUCUGACUUUAUGAUUUUUAACAAGUAUGCAGAUCAAUUUUUACUUCUCUCGUGCAUGAAGUGUAUAAAGUUGCUUGAGUGUAACUAAACCUUUGCUUCUACUAUUGAAUUGUUUGAAGAACUAUACUUCCAAUUGGUUAGUUCAUAUUAUUUGGUUGUUGUUUUUUUUCUUACCAGGCUGGUGUCUUCAAUACAAGUUGUAAAAUGGGAUUAAUAAGACCUGUUAAUGGUGCAGAAGUUUAAAACGUAUAGUGCAGAGUAAAUGAAAUACGUAAAUCUCCUUUUUAUAAUAAGCUACUACCGUACUUGAUCAUUCUGAAAUCCAAACCAGAAAUAUUUACUUCUGUAAGGUUACAAUAUCUCAUUCCCUUGUUUUUGUGGUAUUUCUUUGUAUUUUGCAUAUGCAGAUAUUUCCAAAAGGCUUCUAAAUAAGCCUGCCUUAUAUGUGAUGUCUCACAAUUGCUCUUAUUGCUGUUUGCUUUCUUUCCUCCACAGUGCGCAGUUGCGUCAAUGUUAAGUAUUGAGACAAGCAGUUCACUCAACCUCUUUAUCGUAAUUGUUUACAUGUUGACAAUCAAAAUGCUAUUGUAUUUUUAUACAUUUUAAUAUUGUUACGUACCUGUGGACAGAGCUAUUUUGGUUUACACAAAAUGCUAUGCAUCCAUUGUUUGUAGCUUAUAUAUGCAAAAACGUUUAUUUAUGUCAUUGCCUUUGCUUAAAGGUGAAUUUUUAAAUUGUUUAAUUUGAGUAAAUAUGGUUAUGCAUUAAAUAUGUGUGCAUAAUACCAGCAAACUAACUUGGUGAAAUUCUGCUCAUCUGUGUUUGUAAUCUGUUAUGGCCAAAUAAAUAUUAUAAUUUGUCUAACA